UACAAACCAGCUAUCUCUCUCAGUUGUGAACUACAUUCGUAUUUUUCGGCUUCAUCUUUCUCAGAGAGAGUACGUAGUCUAUUUAUGUCGUUAUAUUUCAAGUCCAAAGAGCACGGAAGGAAAUGUAAAUGAUAUGAGUAGAGAAAAUUCGGGUUUGCGAAUCGUGAGAAGAUAACGUACAGCUGUAAAGCAACGUGGUUCGUACACAUCAAUGGGAAGGAAACACGUAAAUUACAAAAAGCUACUGAUUGUGAGUGACUUAUUAAACUAUGUGACGAUUAAUGACGAAUAACUUUAAUGUGAUAAAAAUUAGCGUUAUCUUUCGUCGGCGAUAAUACGUUCUCAUGCGUACGUAUCUCGUGUGCUCGUGACAACAUGGGAAUAAGCGAAUUACGUUGUGAAUCGCCUGAUGAAUAGGCGAUUCCUAUUAUCGCACCUCGUCGCUUAUGUGGGUGAUUAACGUGUUAAGUAGGACGACAAGUGAACUCAAUUAUACUUCACAUACUUUACGCAAAGUAACGCGAUGAUUUCGACAUUGGCCAUAUCAGUGUAAAAGACAUAUUGUGCAAAAAUGAGUUGGUUACGGACCAAUCCGGGUUUCAGCAAGCAGCGAUCCAGAGAUUCGCCACCAAAGGACGCCGAUCCGUCUGCGUGCUACGACAGUUUCUGCAAACACUGGCAACAAACUUAUGAAAUUAUCCUGCAUUCCUCAUCUUCUAAAGGACCUAGUCAAGAUGAUGUUCUCGGAGUUGUUAAUCACAUUGAUCAAAUGGUGACACUACUGAUGCUGGAGCUGCGAAAUCCACAUAAUCAACAGAGCAACACCGCAACGCAUUCUCCUUGUUUGGAAUAUUUAUUAAGUGAAAAUUUACUUCUUAAAUUAUAUAAUUGGAGUAAACUUACAGGAAGGUUCAACGUUGCUGUGAGAGUGGAGCAAAUGAAGCUUUACGAAUUACUAGUUGUACAUAACGGUGCCCUUCUUGCACACGAGCCAAUUACGAGGCCGCUUCUACGAUUAUUGGAAGACUGCGGGAACGACAUUAUGCCAUCAGAUGUAGAAAAAAAAUUAGUAGUGUUAUUAAAUCAAUUAUGUGUUGCCUUAAUGCAAAAUAUAAGUUUGCUGGAUUUAUUUUUUCAUCCGACUGCGGCUGGAAAGAACAAAUUCAUUAUAUUCAAUCUAUUAAUACCUUACGUUCAUCAAGAGGGUAGUGUGGGUCAGCAGGCACGCGACGCUAUGUUAUUGUGUAUGUCACUCUCGAAGAAAAAUGAUGAAGUUGGAUUGUACAUCGUUGAUCAUUCCAAUAUAUGUCCAGUAUUAGCUACAGGACUGAGUGGGCUUUAUUCUGUACUUCCAAGAAAGCUUGAAAUCGAAACGGACGACUGGCAUCAGUUGACGCCGGAUGAUGUAAACGAAAUAUCUGAGCUUACACAGCUCAUGAAUUCUCUGGAAUUCUGCAACGCGGUUGCCCAAGUAGCGCAUCCAAUGGUACAGAAAGAGUUGCUUGAAUAUUUAUACCAAGGUUUUUUAAUACCUGUCAUGAGUUCAGCUUUAUUACAGGAUUCUAUUGGCUUGACCCUAGAACAGCUAGAUGCACCAAAAUAUUGGACCACCGUGGAAGAAUUAGUUGCAGCAACAGCCUAUUUUGAUUUGUUCCUUCGAUCUGUGACACAUCCCGGCUUGUUACGGUCACUCAUUCGGUUUCUAAUAGAGGAUAAUUACGAUGAUUGUAGAAUAUUAGAUAGUUUAAUAAAAAGGAUUUCUUCUCGAUCGAGGUUGUGCAUAGUCACUCUUGCGUUGUUCGAAACUCUGGUCGACUUGAACUGCGAGGAUGUCAUGUUGGAGCUAUGUUUGGCCGCGUUGAAUCCAUGUUCGCACGUGAUGUUUUCCCAGCGUAGCCGGCUGCGGGAUAUAGAUCCUUUUGGACGUGCAGCAGAGAAAUUUUUGUCCCUGUCUCCACGUUGCUGCACCGUGUUUACGCCGUUGGACUCACAAACGAACUCCUUGCCUAGCAGUGUAUCGCAUACACACGGACAUACGUCCGAUUCGCUAAAUUCAUUGCCAGCAGCAUUAAACUACGGCACUAGAUUAUCGGAUAGUUUAUUAGGAAAUUAUCACGCCUAUCUCUGCGACGCGAGGCAGAAGAUAAAAGCUUGCCGUAUCGCGUGUUCUGUUUGGUCUUGCCGGUACGACGGUAGCUUGCCGCAAAGUAGCAACGCCAGCAGCGCAGCCACAUUAAUCGAGGAAAAUGUCACACCCGCUCAAUCGCAGAAGAAAACGGAGGAGCCUAGAGUGCUGGAAUGCGUCAAGAGUGCAACGAGUUCAUGUGACAAUGACGAAGGCAUGUCGAUGGACAAUAUACUGCUCAAUAUUCAGUCUUUAUUAGAAAGCAAGGACGAUUUAAUUAGCGACGAAUGUAGCGUUGACAAUAAAUUGAAUGCGAAUGUUUCGCUGUCACUGGACGAACAAGCGCAAUUGGACGCCGAUAUAGCGGAGCUAUUGAACGAAGAGAUCGGAAUCACGGAAUGUACGGAGGAAACUUGUCUAGAUAAAAAAGAGUCCGAUAGCUGCAUGGAAGAUUCGGCCACGGCCAUGAACUCGCUCAUGUCGCUCGGGGAAAGCAGUGGUUACGAAAGCUUCGCAUUCAAAGGAUCGCCGGAGUCAACGCCGGAUAACGAGACGAACGAAGACCGCAUGAGUGAACACGAAGAAGUGCACAUUAUAAUUAAGAAGGAGAUUGACGAUCCCGUUGCGCAUGAUAUCGCGGAAUCGAAUUCCGCAGCGAUCGCGGAACCAUCGUCGAGUAAAUCAUUUAAGGACACUGCGUAUCGAUCAGAUGCGUUCGGUGGAGAACCGAACGUCGGCAUAUUUUUAGACAUCCUUUUACGAAAGCUCGAGAAUAUGACGAGCAAUAACUUGUACGUCAAUUUACGUCUCACGGGCCUUAUCAGCAGACUGGCGAUAUAUCCACAACCCGUGCUGCAAUCCUUCCUGCUCAAUCAUUCUCUUGUAUUUCAGCCCAGCAUCCGAUCCCUGUUUCAGAUCCUUGCAUCACUGAAGCACAAAAUAGACCAAUUUCUUUCAAAACAUGACAACGUGGAUUUGCUGGUCGAACAAGCAAAAUCGUUUCUAAUUAGCCGAGAAGACAAGUUAGUGAAUGCGAGAAAAAAUGUCUUGGUAGCUGAUGGCCAAUCCUCGCCCGUUAAAAGGCAUUCCCUGACUAGUGAAUCAUUCGCAAGAGUGUUCAAAAGACGUGAGCCAAAAAGAAAAAGUUUAACAUCGUCGCUUACGCAAAUGUUCAAACGGCCAGGUGGUAGCUUAGGUCUGAGCAGCUUAACGAGUUCUGUCAGUCAGCCGUCCAGUAUAUCAGAAGAUCAACUACAAGUAGUUGGAUCCGGAUAUAGGUAUACAAAAACUUCGUGGGAAUCACCAAGUGAAAUAAGUCCAGUACAAAAUGUUGUUCUAUGCGCUGUCAUAUUAGAUGAAUGGCUUAAAGAGCUCGCGGCAAUCACUCAGGAGCAAGCAAUUAUGUCUCUUAGUGAUAGUGUUGAAUUUAAAUUUCAACGUGUAAGUUCGUAAAAA